GGGAUUUUGCCACGGGAUAUAGGCGCUCGGCUGGGCGGCCGUCCUCACUGGCGAGGGGAUCGCGCUGCCCCUGUGUGCUGUGGUGGCCUUUAAAUCCCUCGUCUGGCCGCCUCCUCUGCGCCUUUUCCUCCCGAGAUCGAGUAACGUUUGUGGUCAUUGUGCAGUGGAGUUGUAUGGCCUUGAUUGGCCCCGUAACGCGCGCCUGGGAAGUUGCAUCAUUGCGGUUUCAUUAUCGCAUUCCUAAUUAACAUUUUACUAAGUAGUUGUCAGCGCAAAAUCUUGUGUAUUUUCGAUUUCACGGCUGAUUCACAGUGGAUAAUUGGAAUAAGCUCUUCUCUAGUCUCAUGUGUAAGUCCACCACGAAAGAUUUAAACUUGGCACCUGUCUUGAAGCAUCACUAAUUAAGAAGUUCAGAACAUCAGUCUAAAGCAUCAAUUAAUGCUAGAAAUUAAAAGAAUUUUAAUUCAGAAGUCCAGAGUGGCGCACCAUGGAUCGUCCCAAUGUAGAAAUGCUGGCUGCCUCUCUCGUCAGAGAAUAUCUCGCAAGAAAGAAGCUGGUCCUGAGCCUGAGCCAGCUGGACGAGGAGCAGCCCCGGCAGUGUGUGCGGAGCCGCCUCGAGCUCCUCAAGGCUCUGCAUAUCGGCAAGCUGGUCAAGCGGAACAAACUCUCUGCCUCCCCCUUGGACUCGAUGCUCGAGCUCAUCGUGCACUUCUUGCUGUGCCACGUCAGGCCUUCUCGUGCAGCCACCGCCCACGGUCCGCGUCUGGAGGACCUCGGGCGCGGGGGUGGCACAACGCCCCCCGAAAAGGUGCUGGGCGUGGACGGGAAUUCGCCAGCGUUAUCCCGGCCUGUGGAAGAAUCGGGGCAAGUGGGUGCAUCUGCUGAUGGCGAGAUAUUUUGCCCUCGCGUCGUCGGGUCACUCAGGGACAGCCACGACCCGGGACGAAUGCCGUCACGAACUGGCUUGGGAGAAGGGGAGAGCAGUACGCUUAAAGCCGACAAAGGCAGUGAAACCCCAGGUACAAACUUUGCCAUAAAUGACGUCCUGACGCAACGUAGGAAUUCAAUAGGAAGUCGCAAACAUAUAGAAGACUUAGAACAAAGUGUGAGUGUGAGUGACGUGAGUGUUCGUAACGUAGACAUUCAUAGUAACAAAGACUCGAAUGCUACUGAAUCUGACACUUAUGAUUCAGACGACUCAGAGUCAGAGUCUGCGUCGAGUUUCGCAUCCAUCGUCGAUCUGUUGAAGGAUGGCAGCACAGAGCCGAAGGGCGCUCUCAGGGACAGCAGAAGGGCCGUUGAGUUGACCCUCAAAGUGCCCAACGUAGCCCUCGUGGCCUCGACCUCUUCGGGUGCCGGUGAUGAGGAUGACCUCGAAGUAAUAGAUGCUGGAGCGGACGACGGAGCCCAGGAGGAGAGGGGGAUUGCAGCGAUAGGGAAGAAAGAGCACCAGCGAGCAAGCACCUGGACGCACCAAGGAGAAGAGGAGGAGGAGGGCGUCUCGAAGGAUGAGGUGGUGUCUGCCAAGCCCUCCCGGGUGGGCAUGGUCUCCCCCCCUCGCCCCGGCACCCAGGACUCCGCACAGACCCCCGCGCACCUCCUGUGGCUGCAGGCGGACGACGGCAGCGCAGACGGAGGCAAGUUCCGCAACGGCCACGGCGGGGGCGGCAGCAGCGAUGGCGGGGAGGGCCGAUCGCCGGACCUCAUGAAGCUCAACACCUUCGCCCCCAACUUCAACAUGACGCGGACCUACGACGAGGCUCUGGACACCUUCAGGCCGCAGGGGAACCUGGAGAUUCAAAACAAUCAUCACAUGAAUCAUCACUCUAAUGGCCACAUCCCAAAUGGCAUGUUCAGUGGUGCAUUUAAUGGAUAUAGCCUCGCAGACAACACCGUUCCCAAUGGAUCACUCCAGUUAUCCAUCCAGGGGAAGAGUGUUUUUGAUACUGAUGCUGAUGAUGACAUUGUGCAGAUGGCAGCUCAGAGGGACCAACUCCGGGGGGCAAGGAAUAUCAGGGGCAUGAUGGCACCUGUCAUGAGUAAAGAGGAGGACCCAAGAAACAGAAGUGCAAACCGCCGCUUUCUUCUAACAAAACAGCGAAGUGAGUCCAUGCUUGGAGACCACGAAGAGUCUCAAGAGGACAUGUUUCCAUCAAUGGACAACAGAGAAGAUGGUGAUGAGGGAGAUGUGGUUGGAACCAUGAACAGAAGAAGAGGUAUUAGGGAACUGGGUGGGUUGAUCGGGGGAUUGGGAGGGGUUGGGCUGCGUCCAAGUGCAGACUACCUGUCAGACCUGAACAGGCGAGGAGACAUUAUGGCUCAGUCGAUGAGGAGGCAGAGUCUGAAGGGCUCAAAGCAGAACCUGUUGGAGGGUGGAUUGGCAAAUUUUGGCUCAAAUGAUAGUUCAAGAAUGAGUAUAGGGACUGUCAGUCCUGAGGAGUUUUUGAUAUUCAAGUCAGAAAAUGAUAAGUCUGCCAUGAUAGAGCAGGGUACAGGAGCAGGCUCCAGAAAAGGCCAACCACGUUUCAUUCCAAACUCUCAUGAAGAUAUUCAGAUACUAAACCUUCAGGGGUUUAUGGAUGCUUCUUCCUUUGCAAAUGACCUUGGAAACUUGAGUAAGAGAAAACAAAGGAAAAAAAGGGGCAAAAGGGGACUUGAAAGUGGUCAGAUUGAAAAAAUACGAGAUGGAUAUAAACAGAGUUCCAGGCCAAGAAGAAAGCGAAGCCAUAGACUACCAAAGACUCAUCUGAGUGAUGACGAUGAUGGAGAGCUGACUCUUAAGGACAUUGAUGACCUUGAUAACAAAGUGGCUGGGCUUGUCAUAGGCCCCAAGACUGUAAAUACAGAAGCUGCAGGCACUCCCAUUACUCUGGAAGAAGCAAGUCAUCUCAGAAAUCUUCUAACAGGAAGCCCAGCUAAUACAAUUCCAGCAGAAUGGAUGCAACAAAAUUUCAAGCAAAAUGCAAAUCCCAAUUUGUCAUAUGGCUUGGUUCAGAAUAAGGGAGGUCCCUGUGGUGUGUUAGCAUGUGUUCAGGCUUAUAUGAUGAAGUGCCUCAUCUUCGGUACUCCUGUGUCUCCCAGCACCAGCCCUGUGAGUCCCCUCCGACCAUCUCAGCGAGAAUGGUUAUGGGCUCUGGGUUCUGCUAUCACAGAAAUAUUAUGGAAGGCUGGAGAGGAGAAAAAGGCUAUUCUUGCAUUACCUGGUUCUUUCGCCCACUUUGCGGAACAUGGUGUUGGCCGUUACAGUAAUGAUGGUGUGACAGAGAACCUCAACCUCCAUGAAUUUGUCGUGCAGGGUGAUCUGUAUGAUGCAGUCAAUCGCCACAUGUCGGUCUUCACUGCUGAGACUGGCUCUGGUUGCGUUAUCCUCCUGUACUCGCUACUUCUGACGAGAGGCUUAGAAAAUGUUGAAACAGACAAAGAUGCUGGUGGAGGUCACCUCCUGAAUGCACACGGAUAUUCUUCACAGGAAAUUGUAAACCUCCUUCUGACAGGGAUAGCAUCCACUAACACCUUUAAUGGUGACCAAACACUUGGCGGCAAUUCAGAGGACAAAGUUGUUUUGAAGGGCGUCCAUCAUCGAUCUGACAUUGGUCUUCUCUCUCUGUUUGAACACUAUGAUUGCUACAAGGUUGGAUCACAUCUCAAGACCCCACAGUACCCAAUAUGGGUUGUUUGCUGUGAAAGCCACUAUAGUGUCCUCUUCAGCCGUGACACUGCUGUUAGUGCUGAUGUACCUCCCAACACUACUAGGUUUGAUAUCUACUAUUAUGAUGGCCUUGCCCUUCAGGAAGAUGAGAUAAGGCUCACCAUUGAUAUGGAGGGGAGGAGAAAAUGACCUUGCCAUUAUUCCUCCAAUGGAACACUGUAUCAGAACGAAAUGGAAGAAUGCAGCUAUUAACUGGAAUGGAACCGAUCCAAUUUUAUAGUUGCAGGAUAUCUUUUAAUGAUUUAUGUAUAAUUGGGAAAAGAGUGAAAUGGCAUCAUUGGAUAUGUGAGUAAAAAUUAAAUUCCUGUUCUUUGAUGUUAUAGUUUAGUGCUACUGUUUAUGUUCUGUAUGUUCAGAAAUAAUGGGUAUUCCUUAACUUACUUUAUAUGUACAGUCUAUAUGUGUAAAUGGAAGUACCAUGUUCUGUAUGUAUAUCAUAAUAUGAAAAGGAAUGAGCAGGAAAGGUACCGAGAAAUAUGAAUAUUUUUUAUGUCACUGAAAAAGAAAUAAAAGAAGAAAAAGCAAGUAAUGAUAGCGAUUCUUAUUUUAGGUUACUUAUGGUAUAUAAAAUAAAAAGAAUAUCAGACCAAUAAAUAUAUGUUUUUUAUAUGGUACACAGAAGUGACAGCUGAGGCAAAACAAUUAGUAACUAUAACACUGUAAUUUUGUUUUGCAUUAAAAAAUCUGUUCAGUAGAGUUUAUUGCUCUUUUUUUUUGCAUCUGAAUGUGUGUAUUUUUUCAGAAAUGUCUUCAAAACCAAAUUAAUAAUAAGUAAGGUUUUUCAUAUUUUUAAAUUGUAUCUCUUUACUCUCGGGAAGUUUUUCUGUACUGUAAAACCUCCUGUAAAUGCAUACCAUUAUAAGGCCUAAGAUUAUGAAUUACUAAUAUAUAGUGUGAUAUAGUGAUAAUCACCAAGGAUAUCAUUUGGCAAAGGGUCUUAUUUAUAAGAGUUAAACUUCAUUUUGAUUCAAAUACAUAAAUCAAGAUUUUUUUUUUUUUUUGUGAAAUACAGUCAUUUCAGACCAUUUAAGGACUAGCAGUCUUUGAAGCUGUAAUAGAUUUCCAUGAUACUGGACUUGAUUAUUAUGGUAAAGACAUUUGACUUGCCUUUUGAAAAUGCAAAAUCUGAAACAUAUAUCCAAUAUGUCUAUAUUAAUUUAAUCUUAACUGUAUAUGAGAGAAAUCAGGAAAUUUGUAGAAGUACACUGGUUAACAUGUCCUGCAACAGUGAUUGUGUUGUAUGUACUGUACAAAUUAUGUGGUAAGUAUCAAGACAUAAUUGCAUUUUAUACAAUGUAGUUUGGGCUAAAAAUUGGGAAACCAGUAGAUGUUUAGUGCUGAGAUUCUCCUGUAAUUGUCAUGAAUUAAGUAAUGUUGCAAGUAUUCAUAGUGAAAUGUUACAAUGAAUAUUAUAUUUAUAUCUAUUCAUAACAGUGCCGUCCAGUCAUUGUGAUCUAUAGUUGUACAGUGAAUUUAUAUCUGAACAAAUUCUGGAUUCUUGCUUUAUAAGUGUAUGAAGGAAUAACUGUUUCUCAAAAAGACCUAUUUUAUUUAUUUACCUCAUUUCUAAGUACAGGAAAAAAAAAAUUAUGUGCCUUUUAAAAAGCUAAAUAAAACAUGUGAACCAAUUAUAA